AUGGCCCUAGGUUACGGGCUUAUCGCCAUAUACAUUGCUGAGAUUACAAUUGCAUAUGUGAGUUGUUACACCCCAAUCCCAAAGAACAUCUCCCUCCUAACAGGCAAAUACGCCGCCAAAGCCCGUGAAAUCCACGAGACCUACUCCGGCGCCGUUCGCGUAGCUCCCAACGAGCUAUCCUACAUUCAACCACAAGCAUGGAAAGACAUCCUAGGCCGCCCCCUCAAAUCCGAAAUGGCCAAAGACCUCCGCUUCUUCGGCGGCGAGAAUUUCGGCCGCGACAGUCUUGUCACGACAAGGCCGGAAGACCACACCCGCCAGCGCCGCAUCUUCACGCACGCCUUCUCCAACACGGCGCUCAAGGCACAGGAGCCGUUGUUGGUGGACUAUGCUAAUCAAAUGGUCAAGGCGAUGGGCUCGCUCGCCGACCAUCAGCGGUCCGUCAACAUUGUCGACCUCUACAACUUCGCCACCGUUGACAUCAUGGCGGACCUGACCUUUGGGGAACCGCUUCUGUUGCUCAAGAGGGGCGAUUACACCCCCUGGGUGCGUAACGUCUUCGCCGGGCUGAAAUUUGUUAUCUACGGGCUCGUGUUUCUUGAGAUUCCGGUGCUGGGACCGUUUGUGCAGGCUGUCACAUCUGCGCCGCUGAGGAAGAAGGCGCAGGAGCAUACUGAUUUCGCGGGGCAGCUUGUUAAUCGGCGGUUGAGGGAGAGGCAGGAACAUCCGAAGCCUGAUAUUUGGAGUUUUGUGCUCAAGCACAACGACGACAGCAGCAGCAGCAGUGAUGACGGCGGUGCCAAAGGCAAGGAGAAGGGGCUGUCGGAUAGGGAGAUGCACGCCAACGCGGCCAUGUUCAUGGUUGCCGGGACGGAGACGUCGGGGACGGUGUUGUCUGGCACGACGUACUACCUGCUGCGGAACCCGCGGGUAUACAGGCUACUGACGAAAGAGAUUCGGGGUGUGUUUAUGAGGACGGAGGAUAUUUGUGUUGACGGGCUUGUGGGGUUGGAGUAUUUGACGGCGGUGUUGAUGGAAGGGUUGAGGUUAUAUAACCCAGGCGGCGCGGGGAUGCCGAGGAUUGUGCCGAGGGGCGGAGCGGAGACUUUGGUAUCCGUUAACCCAUACUCGGCCUUCACGAAUCCGGAGAACUGGGCGCGGCCGAACGAGUUUGUUCCGGAGCGGUGGAUCCAUACGGAUGCGCCCGAGUGGAAGGAUGAUAAGAGGGAUGUGCAUGAGCCUUUUUCUUACGGGCCGAGGAACUGUCUGGGCAAGAAUCUUGCGUGGUUGGAGCUCCGUUUGCUGCUCGCCAAGACACUGUGGCACUAUGACUUGGCGCUUUGUCUCGGUAUGGAGUCGUGGGUUGUGCAGAGGAAUUAUAUUACGUGGGAGAAGGGGCCUUUGAUGGUUACGCUGAGACCUGUUCAGAGGGACGUAUGAAGGGGCUGUGAUAUGUUUGGGUUUUCUGGAAGUCUAGGCUGAUCAAAUCUGGGCGGACUAGUAUGGGAUGCUACGAAGAUCUGAUAUAUCAUUUGGCCAUGAGUUUCCUGCCUGGGAAGGGGAGUUCUUGGUCAAGAGAGCACAGAGUCCAGACGCUACGUUUGCCCAGAUCCGAC